AUGCCAGGAGAGAACAUCACAGAAUACACCACAAUGUAUGAUUACAGCACUUUUUUUACUGACGAUGGAAACUACAAUCCUAUCAGCUACAGCGACGUAAUGGACUUCAUCAGAGUGUUUCUGGCCACUCUCUAUAGUUUGGUUUUCAUCCUGGGCUUCAUAGGUAACGGACUAGUGGUGUGUGUCCUGGUGAAGCAUCGCAAUCAGAGCAACCUGACAGACAUCUGCCUCUUCAACCUGGCUCUCUCUGACCUCCUCUUCGUCUUCACACUGCCUUUCUACUCUCACUAUGCCAGGGUCGGCCAGUGGACUUUUGGAGACUUCAUGUGCCGUUUAGUCUCCGGCUCUCACCAGAUUGGCUUCUUCAGCAGCAUCUUCUACAUGGUUGUCAUGACGCUGGACCGCUACAUGAUCAUCUUGCACGCUCACAGGGUUGCACGUUAUCGUACAAAGAAGGCAGCCAUCAUUCUGACCGUGCUCGUUUGGAUGCUGAGCUUGUUUGUCUCUCUGCCGGAUUUUAUCUUCACACAGGAAACAGAAGAGUCCCAGAAGUUUGGAUGUGACUAUCCCGAGGAGAGCAAAAUCUGGGCUCAUUACAACCUGUUCACCAUAAAUGUGCUGGGUCUCGUGAUUCCUUUGUUGGUGAUGGUAGGUUGCUACUCCAGAAUCAUUCCCACACUGGUGAGCAUGAGGACCUCAAAGAAGCACCGCAUCGUCAAGCUGAUCAUCUGCAUAGUGGUUGCAUUUUUCUUGCUCUGGGCUCCAUUUAACAUUUCUCGUUUCUUGAAGUUUCUUCAGGAAAAAGGAAAAAUCCCACAUGAUGAAACUUGGGAGAAAAAUUUAAUGAAAUCAAUAAUAGUGACCCAGGCCUUAGCUUACGCUCACUGCUGCCUGAACCCCAUCAUAUAUGCUUUUGUGGGAGAGAAGUUUAUGAGACGAGCCUUGCAGCUGCUGAAAAAGUUUGUGCCUGGUUACAGCAGAGAUGUGGCAGACAGGAGAAGCACAGUUAUGUCCAGAUCCACUGAAGUCACCUCCACUUACAUCUAUGGAGGUCAGUUGUAGCCACAGUACUCUUCACCGGUGUCUUAGCUUCAAGGCCUGUCUGCACACGUUUAGACCAUUUGAAUGAGUAUAACCUCUUAGCACUGCCACCUGCUUUACAGAAUUUCAAGUCUUUUCUAAACUCUGUGUAAUGCUUUUCCUUCGUCUGCUCAGGCCAAAUGAAACUUGCUGUUCACGGCAGCCUGUAACAGUUUGCUUUCUUCUUUUACGUGUUUUUAAUGAGCUGUGGAAAAAGUGUUUCAUUCAAAUGUAUCGCAUUAUGAAGUUAAGGUUUAGAAGCAUAAUUUCCACAUUUCACAUCAUAAUGGAAUUUGAUAUGUUUAUGUGGAACAAACUUUCCAGUGUUGCCAGAUUUUAUGCUCUCACUUUUGUGUUUCUGUACAUUAUACGGUGUGCUGUUUUUCAUUCUAAACAUAUUCUAAAAUAAACUU